UUGACCCGGAUCGGGCCGGAUUUGUUCUGCUCGCCCGGGAAGAAAGAAACCUAAUCGAACCAAAACCCUAGCUAUAUAUUGACUACAUUCUCGGCCUCCUUCCAUUCUGGUUUGUAUUCGUCUCCUGUCUUUCUGCAGAUCCAGAGUUCUCAAGUUAUUCUGAGCACAGAUGAAGGUUGUCGCCGCAUAUUUGCUCGCUGUGUUGGGUGGGAACACCUGUCCUUCAGCCGAUGAUUUGAAGAACAUUCUCGGCUCUGUUGGAGCUGAAGCUGAUGAAGAUAUGAUAAAGCUUCUUCUGUCUGAAGUUAAAGGUAAGGACAUAACAGAGCUGAUUGCAUCUGGCCGGGAAAAGUUGGCAUCAGUUCCUUCUGGUGGCGGCGCUGUUGCUAUGGCUGCACCUGCUGGCGGUGGUGGCGGCGCUGCUGCUCCAGCCGCAGCUGAGUCCAAGAAAGAGGAAAAGGUGGAAGAGAAAGAGGAGUCUGAUGAUGAUAUGGGUUUCAGUCUCUUCGACUAAGUUUAGGCGACUGACUUUUUGUAUGAAACCUUUCCCCUUUGAUUCAGAUCUAAAAGACGCUUAAGUUUUCUGUUUGCCGGAGCUAUUACAGUUAUGGGUUAUAUUCUGUAGAAGAGUAUCUUAGCUUUGGUUUUAAAUUUUGAUUUAUGGAUCUUAUGAGUUUUUCUUUAGAAAAAUGAAUUUACUUUGCUGUCUCGUUUGAAAUA